AUGGGAAAGUCAAAAAAGAAAGCUGCAAAGAGAAAUUCCCCGAUUGACCAAUUCGAAGUCAUCGAUAAUUCUCAAUUAGAGCAAUUCCAAUCGAAAUGCCGGUUUCGCAAGAGUUGCAUCCAGGGCGAUUUCGACGCUGCAAGGAAAAUGAUCGAAGAGAAUCCGUCGAUCGAGCGAAUUGUCGACAAAUCCGGCUGGAAUGGAUUACACCACGCAGCCGCGGAAGGCCAUUUUCCGAUAGUUGAACUGUGUAUUCGGUCAAAUUUCAAGAUCAACGCAAGGACGAAGGAAGAUGAAACAGCCUUGUUGUUGGCGUCGAGGAACGGGCAUCAACAUGUCGUUGAUUAUUUGAUCAAAGAGAAUGCCGAUGUCUUUGCCAUUUCAAAAAGCGGACAAAACGCGCUCUCCGAAGCAGCAAGAAAGAACCGACCCCUGAUCACAUCUUUGCUUCAAGAUGCGCUUCAAACACCACUGGCUUCCAGCACACCACGCGAGGAGAAAAAGAAGAACUCGGAAGACUUUUCUCUUGUUGGGACAACUAAUUCAGACGUCGAUUAUAUAAGGAAACAACUUGCUGAAGCGAAGCAAAAACUGACGGACAAAAACAACGAAGUGACAACCUUAAAAUCCGAAAUCAUCGAGCUGCACAAAGAACUUGACCUGCGAACUGAACAAAUUGAACAUAUGAAGGGUCAUUUUUCCCGUGAAGCAGCUGAGAAGGAAAUAAUGAUUACGGAAAUAAAGUCAGAUAUUGAUUUGGUUUCCUCUGACGUUGAACGAACUAAUGCCUUGCUUGAGACAGAGACAAACUUCAGAGAGUCGCUGGAGGAGGAGAAUCGCAAGCUGAUGGACAUCCUGCUCCGACGAGAAGAGACAAUAAAAAGACUCGAGGUCCGGGCUCGCAAUGCUCUAGAAAUCUCUAUCAGAGCCGACGACUACAUCAAAAGUCACUCCUCAAGUUCGGGCUGA